GCAGCUUCAAUGGCUUCAGGAGUCCUGGAGAACCUAAAGGAGGAGGUGAACUGCCCCAUCUGCCUGGAGCUCCUGAAAAAACCCAUGUGUCUGGACUGUGGGCACAGCUUCUGCCAAGCCUGCAUCACUGCCAACAACAAGGAGCCCAUGACAGGCCAGGAAGGAGAGAGCCACUGCCCAGUGUGCAGGCUAAGUUACCAGCCUGAGAACCUGCGGCCUAGUCGGCAUUUGGCCAACAUAGUGGAGACACUUAGGGAGGUUAAGUUGAGCCCAGAAAAGAAGCAAAAGAGAGAUCUCUGUGUGCACCAUGGAGAGAAACUCCUGCUGUUCUGUAAGGAGGAUGAGAAGAUAAUUUGCUGGGUUUGUGAGCGGUCUCAAGAGCACCGUGGUCACCACACAUUCCUCAUGGAGGAGGUUGCCCAGGAGUACAAGGAGAAGCUCCAGGAAGCUCUUAAAAGGCUGAAGGCAGAACAGCAGAAAGCUGAGAAAUUGGGAACUGACCUUGAAGAACAGAGAACUACCUGGAAGGAUCUAAUAGACAAGGAUAGCCAAAGUGUCCAGGACUGUUUUAAAAAUGUGAGAGGAAUCCUGGACAGUGAGGAGCAGAAGGAGCUGAAUAUACUGAAGCAGGAGGAGACAGAUGUUCUCAAUGACUUGGCUCAGACUGAGUGUGAGCUGGUCCAGCAGAGCCAGUUGUUGGAAGAUCUCAUCUCCGAUCUGGAGCAUCGGCUACAGGGGUCAACACUAGAGAUGAUGCAGGAUGUGCAUGGUAUUAUGGAAAGGAGUAGGACUUUCUCUCUGAAGACACUGACACCAAAAACUCUCUCCAAGGAACAAAGGAGAGUAUUCCAAGCUCCUGACUGGCAACAGAUUCUGCAAGUGUUUAACAGGCUGACAGAGCUGCGCCGCUACUGGGCACAUGUGACCCUGGAAUACCCCAUGGCUAUAGGAAAUACUCACAUUUCUGAGGAUAAGAAGCAAGUGGCAGCUCACUUCAGACUUACAAGAGGUUUUUUAUAUGGAAACGAUAUUGAGGAUCAUGGUGUCCUAGGAUCACCCCUUAUCACAUCAGGAAAACAUUACUGGGAGGUAGAUGUGUCAAAUAAAUAUUCCUGGAGUUUGGGGGUAUACAGUGGAAAACGUCCUGACUUGAAUACGAGGGAGUUUGUAAUUCAAGAUGAUUGUAAACAUGUUUGCUCUCGAUAUCAACCUAAAUUUGGCUACUGGGUUAUAGGGUUACAAAAUCGUUUUGACUAUAAGGCUUUUGUUAAUUCUGCCUCAUCCGAUGCCUCAACCUUAACACUGUUCCUGACGGUUCAUCCGCGUCGUGUUGGGGUUUUCCUAGACUACAGUGCUCGCACUGUCUCAUUCUGUAAUGUCACAAACCAUGGGACUCUCAUUUACAAAUUCUCUUCAUGUUCCUUUCCUCAGGAAAUUUUUCCAUAUUUCAAUCCAAUGAAAAGGCGUCGCCCCCUGAAACUAUGUUCCCCAAGCUCUUAA